AUGAAGCACAGUCAGCAAUUUGAUGAUUCUGUAUUUGAUAGAGAUGAUUCAUCAAACAGAAGCAGACAUAGGGAGACGUGGCAUAGGAUUGAGACUGAGAUCAGUCAGAGGAGAAUGAGGGAAGUACAAGUUGAAUACUACGCCCAUGGUCUAUCAGGUGGUAGCAUUACUGGUGGAAUAACUAGUAGAAUACAAUCGUAUUAUACGAGAGUGAAUGAGGCAGUAAGCAGUAGACUCUCUAGGUGUAGAAGGGUGAUACGCGAACUAGUAAAUGGAAUAAGAAGCCAGAAUAGGCAGGAGGCAGUCUGA